AUGGAGCUACCAUCAUCAAAUCCGCACCGCCAUAUGAAGCCAAAUGCCAUGCGAUGGUAUAAACACAUCAAGCGGCAUGGCUUCCGCUGCUGCGGUACUCGAUUCAAUGCCGUCAGAGAUGUCCUACAGCAUAUCUCAGAUGCCCACGACAAAACAUAUCCUCCUACUCUGCGACAUGGAUUAUGUCGCAGGAGAAAUUGUGCUGGCUUUCCGGAAUGUCGACCUGAACAUCCUUCUCCUACUCCUUCUCCACCUCCUUCUCCUGUCACUACAUCUGGGCCAAUGGAGCACCAUCACCACGAACUUUCCAACAUCGCCAAUCUUCCCCGUCUGUCUCGUCCUCGUCGUGUUCAUCGCCCCAAUCAGAUCGCCUACAACGACGAAUCUCCUCCCGAUACAGAGAACCCAAGCAAGCCACUGAUCGGCCCUUCCCAUCAUCCCACAUUGCCUCUUCCUCCCUUUCAUCCUCUCCCUCCUCCUUCUCUCCCCUCGCCGGAUAAAACUACCACGCAACCCUCUAAGCAACCGCUGGCGACAGUCGUCACAGUGGACCCUUUUCAGCGUCGAGAGCGACAGCUGCAAAGUCUGUGGAAGAACGUCUGUCAUACGUUCAAGCAGCGUGCGAAGAAUCCUUGGAUUGUGACUUGUGUGAUUGUCGCUUUGGUGACUAUUGGGCUAUUUGUUUGGGGGUUUUGGGCUUUGGCAGAGAGGGAGACGGGGAAGUAUUGA